GAAGGAAAAGGGACAGCAGAGGCCUGCUCUCCAGAAGCACAGAUUUUUGAUCCAUUUGUAAUAAAAUAACCCAGUGUGUCCUCGCGGGGAAACCCGGGUUCAAGUCUCUCCUCAGCCGUGAAGCACGGUGGGUGACUUUGGGGCAGUCACUGACUCUCAGCCUAACCAACCUCGCAGGGUUGUUGUGAGGAUAAACCGGAGAGGAGGAGUUUGGAAGUCCAAAAUAUUUUGUGCUCCACUUCUAGUUUCACAAGGAAUCUUUCCAGGAUUAGUAUGAAUUGAUUAUAUGCCUGCCCUGCCCUUUUCCCUUCCAACAAACCCAAGACAGCUCCACAUAAACCUCUUCCUCCACUUCUCUAUUUUAUCCUCAGAACAACCCUGCAGGGUGGGCUCAGCCUGAGAGUCCAAAGCAACCCAGUGGCGGGGGGCAUCGUGGCUGCGUCACACCGAGUCUCUAACUGGUCUAUGUCUAUUUAGGACUUUCUAGGAAGACCCCGCAGCGCUUUUUCCCCCGGAGGGUGUCCUGCCCUCUUUGGAGGAGGUCUGGGUCAAAUCCUCAGCAUGUGCCAGUGGCUCUGAGCCCGGAGGCCUCGCUUUCUGGAACGGGCCGUGCGCGAGCGUUGCCUUUUUGUGGCAGUUGCUAACAAGGCCGUUUCCCCUUCCAAAUCCUUCCUUUCCUGCAACACACUCCGGCUGGCCCGCGCCCGUCGAGCGGCUGCUGGCGACACCUGCUCCGUCAGCAGGACACGGAGCCAAAGCCGCGGGGGCUCAGCACGCUCAGCGCCCAGACAAAGGCCGCUUCGUGCUCCAGCGUAGUGCUGGCAGGAGGGCCGCCCGCCCGGAAUCCACUGCCAAGCGCUCGGCUGAGUCAGGCGGGGUUAUUUAUCGAUUUUGUAAUCGCGUGCGUGUCGCAACCUUGUUUUUCCACUUGCGAGGAGCCCGAGGUGGGUACGGAGCUUCCCUUCCGCCGCCUUUCCCUUUUAUCCUCGCCACAAUCCCACACGGAGGGCUGGAUCUUCCCAGAAUUCAGCCGGUGCUUUUCACGGGACUCAAGCCCGUUUCUCCCUCGCCUCAGCUCCAAAUCUCAGCCACGAUGGCACACUGGCCCUCCGGUGGGAAUUGUUCCCGGCUCCAGGCUUGGGAUCCCUUGAAGAAAACCUCAUGCCCUGCUGGAUACUCUUUGUAAGAGAAAGGAAAUAGGACCCCUGACCACAGCAGUCAUUAGAGGCCCUUGACCUUCAUGUCCUGCAUGAAGCAGGGGCCAGGACCCAAAGGUCUUAUGGGCCCCUUCCAACUUUUCCAGUCCUCCUGGAGAUCAAACCUGAGAUUUUCUGCAUGCAAAGCAUGCCACUGAGCUUACGUCCUUCUCCCGCCUUAAAAAAAAGCAAGAUUCUGGUCCUCGUGGUUCUGUAUGGGGCUGAUUUAUAUAAGAACACAGGACGCUCUCUUGUGACCUUGGUCCAUCUGGCACAGUGGUGCUGGCACAGACUGGCAGUAACUUUUUAGGGUUUUAGGCAGAUUUUCCAGCCCCACCAGGAGAUGCCGGGAAUCGAAUGGGACCUUUUAGGAAGGGGCUGUAUCCCCGGGCUGUGGUGCCUGCCAGUUGUGGCUGGACUGGGCUGUCGACUCACCCACAUUUUGCUGGUGACAUUACUUUUGCGAGCCAGUUCAGGUGACAGAGCGUGCUGUUUCUUGUCUUUUCUCCCUGGCAGCUGUCAGCAAGAUGUCCACCACCAAAGUACCGAUCUACCUGAAAAGGGGAAGCCGGCGAGGCAAGAAGGAAAAGCUCCGGGACAUCCUCUCCUCGGACAUGAUCAGUCCGCCCCUGGGGGACUUCCGGCACACCAUCCACAUCGGGAACGGCGGAGAGAACGACAUGUUUGGCGACAUUUCUUUCCUGCAAGGGAAAUUCCACCUGCUGCCUCGGUCGGAGAGCCAGCUGGACGCUCCCGGCGAUGGACAUUACGUAGUGCCCUUUGAGUUCUCGCGGACUUCCACCAUCUCCGGCUAUGAGGCGCCAUCUUUGGAUGUCCCCUCCCCUCUGCUCAAGAACGCCAUCUCUUUGCCGGUCAUUGGAGGGCUGCAGGCGCUGACCUUGCCUUCCGCCCAAGCCCCACCGAAACCUCCCCGGCUGCAUCUUGAUGACCGGGCCGCUGCCCAAGCGACAGACCCUGUGCGAGAGCUGGCCCCGGGCAGCCGGACGUUGGAGCCCCUCGGGGCCCCCAACGGCAAGUGUGCGGCCCCCCUGAAUGGGUUCGCCAAGGAAGAGAACCAAGACGGGGCUUUCCUGUCGCACGCCGGCUCCCUGCUGUCCCUGCACGUGGACUUGGGGCCGUCGAUCCUGGACGACGUCCUCCAGGUGAUGGAGAAGCACCAAACCGGAGACGAGGCUGCUCCGUUGCAGGAUUCCAGCCGGAGGCAACUACUGACGUGACGAGGCGGGUGCUUGGUGGACUUGGGAAGCACCGUGUUUUUUAGUUCGGAGUUCGUUGCUGUUCACUGGACCGCUUAAAUUGGGUGAUCAUGGUCCAGGUGUGCGUAGGUUGGGCAUCCUUGACGGCUGAUUCCCAAAUGAUGUAAUUCUUUCUGCAUCUUCAAAAAGCAGGCUAUGAACCGCAGUUUCUUCUCCCACUGGGCCAAGAAUUCUUGACACUGGGGAGGGGUCCCCUCUCUCACGUUAUUGGAAAGCUGUCCACUGUCCCCUUCCCGACCCGACUGAGCCUCGUAUAGAAACCAAGCAAGAAAUGCGAACACAUCUGUGAGUUGCCGCUUGCUGAUGGGAGUCUCAAGGUCGUGGACGGCACGGAAAGUUUGUGCGGGCAUCCAGGACGAAGUGGAUCCUCUGCACAAGCGGGAUUUUGCUUCCGCCAUGCAACUUCUGGGCUUUGCAUAUUUAGUGGGAGAACAGUUUAGUGCAAAGCUGCCCCAAGCCGAAAGCUUCAAAGCCAUCCCGGGUUAGAAGAAACUGCCCCUCUGUGGGAACCCUGUCCGGACGUUGGAUCAUACAGAGAAGCGUGGCUAGGAUGUCCAUUUUUAAGCUUGUAACAUGGCCGUAGUAUUUAUUGUUGUUGUUGUUGUUGUUGUUACUACAUUUCAUUUAAUUAAGAGUAAUUAAUCAGAGAGAGUUACAUGGGAAGAGGUUCCUAAAAGUCACCAGGGUGUCGGGCUGCAGGCAAACCUUGCCUUCCGGGGGUCCCAGUCUGCCUUUCCAUAGGACACCAAAUUCACACGCCUCCCCUCUUCCUGUCCACCAAACACCGGGUGGAUUUCCGGCUUCCCCGGAACAGUUUCUCCUGCUCUAAAUGGUUGAAAUGUCUCUCCCAAGACUUGGACGCUGCUGCAGAAGCCUUGGUUGUGUGGCUCUUUUGCCCGUGGCUCUACCGGCACGUGGCCCCCAAGAGCCGACAAGGUUCUGCACCCCGGGGGGAGAUGUUAGCUGUGGCGGCCACGGUUGCAGCCUAGGCUGGUAUGCUUCGGAAGCCCCCUUUGCAUAAAUCCAGUUCUUUGUUCUCCUAGACCAGUACUGCCUGGCCUUCCAGCACCUGGCACCUGAUCCCUGUUUAACUGCAGAUUCCUGGGCCGUUCUCCCUUCAAGCGACGCUCUGGAGCAUGGGAAGAGUGCCACGCAGAGGCGUCACCCAAUAAAUAUUGCUCUUCGUAA